GAAAGGACUCCAGUCUGACGUCACAUCCUGUCAGUGUGCGGGAACAAGCGGCCUCUCUGCGGGAACAAAGGAACAUUCAGUUUGUGAGCAUGGAGUUUAUCUGCUGUCGUUAACCUGCUGAAGCUGAAAACAUGUCCAAACGCCCCUCGUACGCCCCGCCCCCUCCCCCGGCCCCCACCACACAAAUGCCUUCCACCCCAGGGUUUGUGGGCUACAAUCCUUACAGCCAUCUGGCCUACAACAACCUCCGGCUGGGAGGGAGCUCCGGAGGCUCCAGCAGGAACUCCUCGGGCAUCACCGUCCCGAAGCCUCCCAAGCCUCCAGACAAGCCGCUGAUGCCUUACAUGCGGUACAGCCGGAAGGUAAGCAGGAAGGUAUGGGACCAGGUGAAGGCCUCCAACCCCGACCUGAAGCUGUGGGAGAUCGGGAAGAUCAUCGGGGGGAUGUGGAGGGACCUGACGGACGAAGAGAAGCAGGACUACCUCAACGAGUACGAAGCCGAGAAGAUCGAGUAUAACGACUCGUUGAAGGCCUACCACAACUCUCCGGCCUACCUGGCCUACGUCAACGCCAAGAACCGAGCGGAGGCGGCCAUGGAGGAGGAGAGCAGGCAGCGGCAGAGCCGCAUGGACAAGGGGGAGCCGUACAUGAGCAUCCAGCCGGCCGAAGACCCCGACGACUACGACGACGGCUUCUCGGUGAAGCACACGGCGGCCGCUCGCUUCCAGAGGAACCACAGGCUCAUCAGCGACAUCCUGAGCGAGAUCGUGGUGCCCGACGUGCGCUCCGUCGUCACCACCGGCCGCAUGCAGGUCCUGAAGAGGCAGGUCCAGUCCCUGAUGGUGCACCAGAGGAAGCUGGAGGCCGAGCUGCUGCAGAUCGAGGAUCGCCAUCAAGACAAGAAAAGGCGCUUUCUGGAAACCACGGACUCUUUCAACACGGAGCUGAAGCGGCUGUGCAGCCAGAAGGUGGAGGUGGACAUGGAGAAGCUGGCGGCGGAGAUGGCCGCCGCCGAGGAGGCGGCGAGGCGCCGGGCGGAGGAGCGGGAGCGCGAGGCGGCCGAGCAGGCGGAGAAGGCCGCCCAGCAGCAGCAGCAGCAGCAGCAGCAGGAAGCCGCCGGGGCCAAAGCCGCAGAGCAGGCCGGCGCUAACGCUGCUAGCAGCACGGCUAGCAGCUCAGCUAACCCCAGCUCAGGGACCCAGGACGAGGACAAGCCCACACCCAUGGAGACGGAUGAGGCGGCCCCUCCCGAGCCCUCAUCCGAUGCUCAGUCCACCGCUGCGCCUCCUCCUCCCCCCACCCCCUCCGACCCCCCUUCCUCUGCCUCCGACAAAGCCACGCCUCCCCCCGAGCCCCCCCGGGAGAGCAGCCCCCCCGGCACCAGCGAGGACAGCAGCAGCAGCAGUAGCAGCGUGCCCCCCCUGCCCUCAGAGAGCCCCCCCCGGGCGGCGGCGCCGGCUCCCCCCGACCCCGCGGCGGGCCCGGAGGCCGGCCCCGCCCCGGCCUCGGGGCCUCCGCCCACCUCAGAGGAAGCUCCUCCACCUCCCCCGCCGCCCCCUCCUCCGCCGCCCCCGCCGCCGCUGCUACCCCCCAACUCGGGCAGCCAGUACGACAUGUAACGUAGCGUUAGACUGAGCUAGCUGUAGAAGUGUCCCCCCAACCCCCACCCCUCCCCUCCCCUCCCCUCCCCCACCUGGACGGAGCUGCAGCGCCUCCUCGGGAGGUCAGGGUCAUUCCUACAGCAGUGAUGGAGAGCUGUCCUCAUCCAAACAGGAAGUCACACAUUCCCUUUAAAUCUGUGCGCGUGCGCGUGCGCGUGUGUGUGUGUGUGUGUGUGUGUGUGUGUGUGUGUGUUCUCCUCAGCAUGACCAGUUUGAUCAGAUCACCAAAGAGCAUUUGGACCCUUUUCAAUUCCCUCCUCCGGCUUUGCUAGUUUCAAGCACGCGUCACGGCGAAGUCAGGGACCAGAGGAGUUUUGGAAACUGAACGAGUGGUUCUCAGUGAUGAGGGAGCGGUGGCGCUCAUCGAGAGGCCGUUCUGAUUUGAUCCGAUACGUCAGAACCGCGGACUCCAGGGCGUCGCCUCUCUCUCCUAGUUUUUCUUGACCCUCCCCGCCUCGUCGGUCUGUGCGAUUUCCUCAGUCUCUCUCUGUGUUUGUAGAAAAACUAGCGGAACGUUUUAGCUGAAGUUAACUCCGUUCAGCCUCGGUCGGAAAGCUGGAGGCCAUUCCCAGUUUACCCAGCAUGCACUGCGAUCAUGACAGAAGCAGAAAAGUGAUGAAACGAUGGCUGCGAACUUGUCUUUUUGUUACUGUUUGAGCAGAAACGUCACACACUUCCAAUCUGUCCUCCAGGCUACCUUUUCUGUGUGUAGACCGUUUCCUGCUGCCACCGCCACCCGACUAGCUAAACACACGUAUGCAUCUGAACAGGACUGUUUUCUUACUUGAAUUGGACUGUUUUUAGUAAUAUACCUGUUUUUUUGCAUUUUUCUUUUGUACUGUCUGAACUUAACUAUCCAAAUAAAGACGUUUUCUCACUCCGA